AAAAACUUAUGGAUAUAACUUAUAAUAUAUAUAUAUAUAUAUUUAACAAAAGAAUCCCAAAAAUUGGCUCCAAUUUAGUGCUCCUUCACUUGUCCUUAUAUAAAAAGGCCAUGUAACAUGACAUCUCUUCAUUUUCUUUUCAGUGUAAAACUAAAACUUCUGAAAAUUUCCACCGGACAGUCUACAGUACUUUUGCUUCUGUUACUUUUUCUUCUUCUUCUAAAAUGGCAAUCUCAGCUAUGUACUCCAAGAAAAACUCGCCUCUUUCUGCUUCAAAGAAAAAGGCACUGGAAAUCAAGAAAAGGGCUUUGGGUCCAAGAACCAACAAGGUGCAAAAUCGAGAUAAAAAGAAGGGUCAAAUAAGCAAUGGAAGGAAGGGACAGAAAUACGGCUCUGUAGAAGCAAACUCAUUAGCCAUGCUGCGAGCUAAAGAAUUUCAAGCAAAUUUACCUUCUGAGUUUCCUAGUUUUAUCAAAUAUAUGCUCAAUUCACAUGUCGCUAGGGGAUUUUGGUUGAGUUUUCCAAAAAAGUUUUGCGAUUCUCAUUUGCCUAAACAUGAUGACACUGUCGUUUUGGUGGACGAAAAAAAUGAAGAAUUUGGUACCAACUUCCUUGUUGAUAAGAAUGGAUUGAGUGGGGGUUGGAAAGGUUUCUCCAUUGCUCACAACCUUCUUGAAAAAGAUGUUCUGGUCUUCCAAUUGAUUGAGCCCUGCAAAUUUAAGGUAUACAUUGUGAGAGAAAAUUACUUGAGAGAAAUUGAUGCUGCUGCUGCCAUUUCUCCGCCGGAAUUUCAUGCUGGCAGACAAGAAGAAGCCAUGUUGUUGCCAAGCUCGGAACACGGCCUUGCAACAGAUCAAUGUGGGAACAACAGUGAUAACGGCUGUGAAGUUCUAGAAAGGAUUAGAUUAUCAAAAUCAAGAGUUGAAUUUAAGGACAUCAAGGACUUCUCUGGUUUCCACAUUGUUGUUGAUGGCCUGAUCAUCGACUCGCAGGUUCCUGCACACUUUCGAGCCAAAUACUAUGUUCUUUGCCGCACCCAAAACUCAUAUCUCCAUGACCAUUUACUUGGUGACCCCAAUGUCAAGCUAGUUGCUGGAAUGAUUACUGAAACAGUGAGCAUUGCUGAUGGCAUUAAAGCUUCCAGUAUUUCGACCCCUAGCUAUUAUUUUGAAAUUUGGGAUCGCUCGUUGAAAGCGUUCGAGUAUUUAGGUUUGCGAGUUGGAUUUUUACGCGAAAGGCUUAGUAAGCUCAUUAACUUGUCAUGUGAGUUGGAAAACAUUCUUGCACCGAAAAAACUUGAGCUAGCUGAAGCAAAAGAGGAAAUGUUGAAACUUGAAGAAAAGGUUUUGAAAGCGAAACAUGUGAUAAAGAAUCUGGACUCUGAAGUUAAGGCUUUAACAAAGAAAGAUUCAAAGUUCGAACUCGAUUUCAAGGCAGUAGCAACUACUCCAUGGUAAAGAAAUCUUUCUGAAGAAGUGGUCCUUUUCUUUUUGUUAAAACACAGGAAUAUUGUAUUAUACUAGUAUGCAUCAUCGCUUACCAGGUGACCAGAUGUGUUUCUGGCGCAGUUUAUGCAAUAGUUAAGCCUAUCCUAGAUACAAAAGGGCUUUGUCCUGAUUAGUAGUACUAGUGGCCUUUUGACGUUCAUAGCAGGAAUAUAACUCUUGUUAAAGAUGUGUCUCUGCUAUUUCUUAUUUCUUGAGAGGUUACAUGGUCCAUCUUAUCGUUCAUUAGUUGGAAGGAGAAACAUUUGCACUUUAAUGUCACGUGUGUACUCUUUGACUUCUA